AUGCUCCUCACAGCCAUCAUCGUUCUCUCCUCUUCAUCACCGCCAUCACCGUUCUCUCCUCUAAUGCCUCAAAUCCCUGUUUUCGAUUGUGGAUGGCAAGGAUUCAGCAAAGAUGAAAUAAAAGUGCAGAUUGAGGAUGGGAAUAUUCUGCAUGUGAAAGGGGAAGCUGAGAGAGGGAUUGGUAAUGGAAAGGGUGAUUUCUUAAGGGCAAUUGAGUUGCCAGAGAAUGUGAAGGUGGAUCAGAUUAAGGCACAUGUGGAAAAUGGAGUGCUCACUGUUGUUGUGCCUUAA